CGGGACUGAUGCAUCUGAUGGGUGUACAUUUUUAUUUUCUUUGGAUCAUAACAGUUUGGGCUUUUAAUCAAGUUAGCCCGCAAGCAGAGUCUGUGAAUCAGAGUAGUGAUUUGCGGCUCGUGGUUGUGUCCAAUGGAGUGGCAAUUCUUCCGUGCCAAUCUGCCUCUAAAGGUUCUGCUGUGGUCCAGUACACAUGGGUAAAGGAUAAUCAUCCAGUGGAUGUGGACACGGAUGGACGUAUGCGUAUCACCGACGAGGGACACCUGCUUCUUAGAAACGCCACUGAGGAGGAUAGUGGUGUGUACGUUUGUCAAGCAAGUAGCGAUGAAGAAGUAACAGAAGUGAAUGUGACAUUGUUUGUUUUAGUUCCUGAGACGGCGCCAUAUUUCGAAAACUUCAGUCCCCCGAGCGUGCCGUUGGAACGAGUGACGGGCUCGUCUGUGAUCUUAAGAUGCCCAAGCAAAGGUCACCCCUCACCGUCCUUGAUGUGGAGCAAAGACGGAGUCCUCUUUGACGACUUUACCAUCCGAGAGCUGGAGUCGGUGGCUCAGUUCGGAGCCUCCUCCCUCACCAUCAAAGAUCUCAAGACGAGUGACAGUGGGAAUUAUACUUGUCUGGCUUCAAACGCGAUCGGAAGCAUCAACGCUACGUUUCAACUCCGAGUCAGUCCAAAAGAGAAGUCACCUUUGCUUAAUUCAACGAGACCAGACCUGUCUGUGUUUCAUCCACUGAACACCACCGUCAAGUAUGGGUCUUCGGCGACGUUUCAAUGUCGAGUUCGCAGCGAGGCACCCCCUAAUAUUCAAUGGCUGAAAAAAGUUGAAGAUUUCGAGUUGGCUGGACUACAAAAAGAUCAGCAUGACAUAAUCAAAGUUCAGGGUGAAAAUUUUCGAAUUCUCCAGUCAUCUGAAGUGAUGGAGAGGUCCGAUGGUUCCUUCUUAAAUAAACUGACAAUACCAGAAGUAUACGAAGCCGAUAGUGGAAAAUACAUUUGCUUGGGAGCUAAUUCAAUGGGAUACAGUUUCCGGAGUGCUUAUUUGACUGUUUUACCAAGAGCUCGUGCACUCCCGCUAGGGUGGAGUCGGAGUGUGGCUGUCCACCCCGGACAUCCAAGCUCCUUGCUCGUGGCCAUACCAAUUACUUUGGGAGUAGUGGUAGGCAUCCUAGUGGCUCUGGUCGUUCUCUGCCAUCGUAGAAGACUUGACACACCCGUUCCUCCUCAUCAUCCUGUUAAUGAUCACCUGGAAGACACCAAGAAAGGUUCCAAUAUCACCCUACAGAUGUUAAAUCAAAACCUAGACUCAAAAAAACUUGACACCAGUCAGGAAUCGGCAGACGAAGUCGAGGACUGUAAAAAUGACCACGUAAGUUCAUCGGGACUUCAGUCCGAAGUCGAGCUUCAAGGUACUGGCGCUGUGGUGACGAAACUUAGUGCAGAGCAGAAUUCUUCCAAUAGCUACGACAUUGGCUUCGUUAUGAGAAACGGCGUGUGA